AUGGCCCCGGCCAACACACCCAUGGCUUGCCACAUGCCGUGGCCAGAUGCCAACAAGCAAGCCAAGGAGACCCCAUCUUCUUGCUUGCCCCAGUUCACACCUGGCGGAUCCAUGCCUUGCCCAGGAACGCCGACGGUGAUGGGAGGCCCAUGGAGUCCUGUCGCUGGGCCGGCUGACGCGCUUCGCGUAUUCCUUGGCCAGAACCACGUAUCAGGUGCCGAGCUUGCGGCUCGCCUUCAGGCUGCUGCUCCCGAAAGCUAUGAGGAUUGA